CAUCAGCUUUCCAAAUAAGAAGAAAAACAUUUAUGAAAAAAAAAAACCAAAAAAAAAACCAGUGUGACUCAAACUCAUGGAGGCUGGUGGAAAUUACUUCAAAUACAAACCGACUGCUGGCUGUGGAAAUGACUAUGUGAUGAUGGGCAACAUUUUCCAAAAAUCCGUCACUCUUUCACGCUGCCUGCUGGACUGAACUACCAACUCUAUGAGCGGCCUUUGCUACGGUGUGAGACGAGACUACAAACCUUCUACUGAUUACAGACUGACACACAUGAGAGACAGGCUGACACACCUCCACCAGGUGCAGACGGACCCUGAGGGUUUCAGCCCGGUAGAGCUGGACAACUUCUCAGAGGCAGCGGCAGCGUCACAUCCUGACCUGGAUGGAGUCCUCAUGGAGGCCCAAAAGAUCCGUCUGGAGAUCCAGCAGAUCCAGAACGACAUCAGUGAGCUGAAAGAUGUGAACUACCAGACGUUAAACAAGACCUCGUACCCCAUUGCAGCGAAACGGGACUCGAAUGCAAUCGGGGCGGAUAUCAAACGCAGGGGUGAGGCUGUGCUGCAGCAGCUGCACAUGAUGAACAGCCUCAGAGGGGAGCUGGAGGCCGAGCGUGGCAGCUCUGACCCCACAGCUCGCAUUGCUCGAACACAGUACCAGUGUCUCACCAGCGCUCUGCGGGAGGUGAUGUUCAGCUACAACGACGCAGAGUUGAGCCACAGGGAGGCUUGUAAACGGCAGAUCCAGAGGCAGAUGGAGGUGGUGGGCAGGGAGGUCAGCGUGGAGGAGCUGGAGGAGGUGAUGGAGAGCGAGGAGUUCAACGUGUUCAGCCCUCAGGUGGAGGGGAAAACAGCUCGCUCGGCGUUAGUGCAGAUUGAAAGCCGACACAAGGAGCUGAUGGAGCUGGAGAAGAGGAUCGAGGGGAUCCAGGAGCUGUUUCUGGAUGUGGCGGUGCUGACGGGGGAGCAGGGGGCAGCCAUCAAUAACAUCCAGAAGAACGUCCAGAACACUGGAGUGAUCACUCAGGAGGCGAUAGCCCAGCUGGAUCGAGCCAAGGCAUCAGAUAAAAACAACCCCUUCAAGAAGAUGUUCUGUGGCUGCUUCCCAUGUUUCUACGAUUAGAUCCAAUGAGGUUUUGGUUCACGUGAUAAAAACUGCACUACAAAGUAAUGAACAAGUCUGAAGGAAGAGCUUGAAAGCAAUAAAUGAAAAUUAACCUUCAAUCAUCAUUUACUCAUCCUCACGUCAAUUAAAAGUCGGAAGAAGUUUCGUAGUCCAUAAAACAUUUCCGGAGCUUCACAACAAACCAAAGAGUAACUGUGAAUUGGCCCCAACUACAGGGGGCGCUACAGCUACAGCUACAGCUACAGUGAAGAUUUCGGAUUUGAAAAGGAUGUAAAUAAAGUCUCUUCUAACCAGUUUGGGAUCUCAGGGCUUCUGAAGACCUGGACGAGCUGUAUGGACCCAUUUGUCUGUUGUUUCUUUAUAUUUUAAACAAGUCCCCAUCUAUUAAUGUAGUUUAGGAGAAUGCUGCGACGCUGUUUUGCUGUGAGGCUACAGAAAUAUUUAGUGGACUAUGAAACUUUACCCAACUUUCCAUCGUGGAGGGAGGGAGUAGCUAAAUAAGGACAGAAUCUCCAUUUUUGGGUGAAGUGUUCCUUUAAAGAGAUUGCUGUCUCUUCACUAAAACUGUUUGGAUUUUGACAAAACGAUCUUACCACAAGGUUCAUUUAUCAGCUUUCAGUCAUGCUUUAACUAAAUUGCACCCUGAUCUGACCCCCAACCUGAACCAUGCAAUUUAAACUUAAUGUGGGGAUGAUAACGGCUAAUGUUUUUAUGUUUUGUCAAAAUGUUUUCAGUGUUUUAUAUCCACUUAGUGGAAGACUUUAAGUUGUUUGGUGUUUCUAAACAAGUAUUAAUAACUUUGUGUCUCUCAUAGUUCAUGCUGACAAUAAAGGGCUUGAUCCCACAGAAAUCUGAA